AUGCAGUUAGUUACCAAGAAGCUUUAAGCUUUCUACACAACAAAAAGGACUGUUAACAUCCCAUAUCUGUAUAACAGGCCCCUCUGCCUUUGCUCCAACCACGUGCAAUUGAGAGAUCAAAACUUCAUACUGAGUUGGUACAGAUAUUUACAUACAAUAAAGUUUUACAUUUUUUUUUUCAACAUGUAUGGUUUUUGAUGAAAUUCUGAUAUUUCAACGAUUCUUCUUGAAAAAGUUAAUUUUCUAGCCCUAGAGAGAUUCAGUUGCACAAAGUGUUCAUGUCACCAGUUUAAUUUCCUCUAUUUUCCAAGAAAUUAAGUUCUAGGUCAUCUAAAAUUGUUUGCAUUAAAAUCUCUAAGUCAGAUCAUAAGAUCUUCUGUUAUUUGUCACAAUCUUUGAAAAGGGCAGAGGAAAUUUCAAGCCCUAACUUUAUUAUAAUUAUUUUAUAUUUUCACAUUUAAUUAAUGAUUUUGCUAGUACAGAAGAUUAGAGCUUACUUAAAUGUAAUUUAAUUUGUUUUCAAAGACAAUUUUAAUGAUAAAAAAUUGUCGAACAUAUAUAGUUGUAUGGUUAUCACUAUGUACGUACUAAAUUCCAGGUAAGCUAGGUCAUGUUGAUGAAGAAUCAGCAGCGCCAUACAUAAAAAUAUCAAGAGAAGAACAACUGAAAAAAUUGGUUCUCUUGUGUACAAAGAAGCAAAUCACACUGGAAAGAUCUCUUCAACUCUAGCUCCUCUUUGCCCUUUGUUUUGUGGGACACUCGCCAUCUCAGUUUCCUGUCCCUUUUUCAAAUUAAAUAUAUUCCUCAGUUCUCCCCUCGCUCAUUUUUUUCCCCUUGCCUAAGAUUUGGGGCUCUGAGACCCAUGGACUUUUCGACUUCUGAUAACGCCAUUAUCAUCAAGGCGGGAGGUCUUCACAGAUUUUUGUGUAUGCAAGGUGGGGAUGAUGAUGGAAGCUACGCUAAGAAUUCUCAGGCUCCUGCAUCGGCUAUAACCUUAUGCAAACCAUUGCUUUUGACUGCCAUCAAAUCGAUGAAGCUUUUCUUCAACAAUAAGGCUGAAGCAGACUCCGUAAGGAUAGCCGACUUGGGUUGUGCAACUGGGUAUAACACUUUGGCCACCACUGACAUGAUUGUCGAGAGCUUGAAGCGUCGGUAUCUCAAAGAGUGUGGGUUUGAGCCCGAAUUUGAAGUCUUUUUUUCUGAUCUUCCGUCGAAUGAUUUCAACUUUUUGUUCCGGUCGUUGAAUGCCUUGUUUUGUGACAAGAAAUCAAAGCCUUAUUAUGCUGCUGGUGUGCCUGGUUCAUUUUAUCAUCGUCUCUUUCCCAAAGGAAAGCUUCAUAUUGCCGUUAGCCUAAGUGCCUUGCACUGGCUCUCCCAGAUACCGGAUGAAGUGUUGGAUAAGAGAUCGGCAGCAUGGAACAAAGAGAGAGCCUGGAUUGAUGGAGCGAAGAAGGAAGUUGUGGAAGCCUAUGCAAAGCAAUCAGAAAAGGAUUUGGAUGAUUUUUUAAAAUGCAGGAAAGAAGAGAUUGCAAUAGGAGGAAUGUUGUUCAUAUUAAUGGGAGGAAGACCUACAUCAUGCCCUCCUGAGAAUCAAUUGGGUGACCCUGACUCAAGAGCUAAACACCCCUUCACUAACUCCAUGGAUCAGGCUUGGCAAGACCUAGUAGAUGAGGGUUUGAUAGAGGAGGAGACAAGAGAUAUGUUCAAUGUUCCGGCAUAUAUGAGGAGCACAGAGGAGGUAGAAAGAGGAAUAAAGAGAUGUGGAGGAUUUAAGAUAGAAAAAUUAGAGUACAAGAGAAUAGAGGAGCAUUCUGAAGAGCAGCAAAAGGAGUGGAUGAGGGAUCCGGUUUCCUAUGGUAGAGCCAAGGCUAACAUGCUGCGGGGCACACUCCGACCCAUCCUUCAGGCUCACCUUGGCCCUUGCCUCUCUGAUAAAUUCUUCAACACCUUCGAGAAUCGAGUUUCCUCUGAUCUUAGUCUUCUCCAUAAGACUUGUUUUUAUGGUGUUAUUGUGGUUGUUGCAAUCCGAAUUUGAUACAAAAUUACAUUAGCUUUACAAUCUUCCUUCCUUUUUGUCAACUGAAAAUGGGGAACAUAAUAAUGUAACACCCCAUUUCAGAAAAGCAAAAAAAUGACUUCCGCAUUCCCAUUUAAUUCAAUUCUCUCAACUAAUUUAUC